AUGGCAACUAGCAAAACAAAUGACACAAAAAACGUUCACCCAACAUCUGGGAUCUCCACACGUGCAACUGUAAAUCGACAAAUGAUCAUGCAAAGAAUACAAAAUGUCCUCCUUAUUUGGUUGGACAACAAUAUUAAUGAAAAUAAUGCUGAUUGUAGCAAUACAAUCAAACAAUUAAAACGUGUGGUUAACAACAUAAACACGUUUACAGAUGGUGAAGAAUGUGUCGAAUUUAUUCAAACAAUUAACAACAACAAAGUGUGUAUGAUUGUUUCUGGUUCAUUUGGAAAACAUAUUGUGCCUCAUGUGCAUGAUCUGUCUCAAGUAGAUACCAUUUUCAUUUUUUGUAACAAUCAAGAAUGGCAUAAACAAUGGGCCAAAGAAUGGCCUAAAAUAAAAGGUGUCUUCACAGAUAUAACAUCAAUCUGUGAAGCUCUCAAGCAAGCUGCGCAACAAUGUGAACAAAAUGCCAUCUCAAUCAGCUUUAUGACAUCAAACAAGAAAUUGGAUCAAUUAGAUCCAACCUUUAUGUAUACUCAGAUCUUGAAAGAGAUCUUAUUAACUAUCGACUUCGAGGAUAAACAUUUCAAAGAAUUUAUCACUUAG